GUAUUGCGCAGCUCACGAGAUGUCGUGCUGGGUCGCGCCCUAUUUUGCCAACGGCUCCAUCAACUACUAUGCCAGCUGGACAGAAACCUGCGCCAACACCACGGAUGGCUGUCCCUGCCACUCGACCUGGGAGAAGCAGUGCACCUCGCAGGGCUACAAGUACUGUGUGUCCAUCUUCGAUGAGU